CGCCAACCCAGACACAAUCGCCAAACCUUAACACACACACACACUCUGUGUGUGGUUACAGGAGGCCAACGUAUGUCAAUGGUUAUAGGAACAGCAGUAACAUCAGGCAGGAUUUAUCAACUGCCUAGCCAGUUGUAGCUCAAUCUUGGGUGCAAUGUUCACGUUCUCGCGCUGACUGACGGUGUGGAACGUUACUUUAGCCUACAUGCUACACUAGCAAAGAUAUAAAUUAUAUAGCUGUCGGCUGUAUUAGUCGUGACUUACCGUUCUUUGUGCAGCUUCAAAUGUCGACUAAAGUUGGAAGUUGUUGCGCCUCCGUCUGUAAUUUUCUUUGCGCAUGUUUUGCAAGUUGCAAUCCGGUAUUUUGUUGAUACAGAGUAGUCUUUAUAUCCGAAAAUAAUAAUUUUGGGUAUCAUCUUUCCAAGGGCUCCAUCUGAAUUCACCCUUUUUUUAAUAGCAUCAAUUUUUAUAUCUGGGCUUGGGGAGGGUAUCAAGUCAGUUCGAGUCAAAAGGCUCAAAUCCAAGUUAAGUCACGAGUUAUUGAUGCUAAAGUCAAAGUUGAGUUGCAAGUCAUCAUAUUUGUGACUCGAGUCCACACCUCUGUGUAUAUAGGACUUGCAUCCUUGGCACAAAGUUAUAUUACAUUCGACUCAAUCAAUAGGCUUCAUUAAUGUCAUUCAGACUGUUUUGAAGUUGAUACAACUGGUUAUGAUAGCUGAGGUUCAUAGCUAGGCUCUGAACUAAUAUGUAUAUCAAACGCUUAGGAUCCAUAGACAAAUCGGCUAUAUAGGCAUACAGAUCUUUUUUAUCAGGAAACUCUCCAUAAAUAGAAGAUAAAAGAGCAUAAUUAAUCUUUUGUCUACAUUGAACUGCCUUAAUUUGUGCAUGAUAAACUACCUUUACACCCACAGCUCUGUCAAUUAAUUUGAGAGUGGUCAUUUAUAGCAGCAUGAGGGGUAGUCUGUUAAUGCACGACAUUGGGGAUUUUCCCGGGGCACAUGUGCAGGGAAAGGCACUGACAGCCGAGUCGCGUAGGCGGUAGCAGAACUAUAAAAUCGGAUGUAUUUCAAUAAGAAGAUAAAACGUUACUUUAGACUUCGUAGUGGUGGUUUGAUAUGGAUAAGUGCGCAAGGAACAGCGAGAUUCCUCACGAUACGUUGAUUUCAAUGGCGCAGCAAGAGUCUGUUGUGCUUUUGCUCAAACACUGUCAAGAAAUGAAGCGACAGGAGAGUCGCUUGCGUCUUGUCACGUUAUUCUUGGUUCUGGGUUGUGCAGCUGUAUUUGUCUUUACGCAGCGUGUGAAUAGAGACUGUAAUGAGAAGGAUUCAUUCAAACAUGCAGAAUACUCACGACAGCAAGAUAUAGAUCGUCAAGGACAGAACCUGAAGCCAAACGCUCACCUGACAACAUCAUCAAGGUGCAACUCCGUGCCUGAAGAUUACAUCCAAUGGGAACACCAGGAAACUGGCUUGGUGCACAUGCAAAAUUUCACCUAUGAUGAGAAGAAGCAUGCUCUGGUUGUCCCUCAGGGAGGCCGAUACUUUGUCUACGUAGGGGUCAACUUUCGAAUGCCGCAUAAAGACAAGGUAUCUGGCGAGACCCAUUUUCUUAGCCUGAAAGUCCUGAAAUUCUCCAAUAGAUACCCAGAUGAUUGCCCUAUCAUGGAAGUCAAGGAUAGCAUACCAGAUAAUAGGAGAGGAGCGAGGACUGUGUACACGGGACAGGUGGUUGCUCUGGAGGAAGGGGACCUCCUGAGGGUUUCCAUUAAUGAAGACAAUUAUGAACUGAUUGACUGUUCAGCAGAGACUGCCAUGUAUUUUGGUGCUUUUCUCCUCUAGACAAGGAGAACAUGUCUAUUCCAAAAAUAUGCAGUCUGUGUGGAUUUAUAUUAUUUAUUUCCAUGCUUACUUUUAGUAGGACCAGUGCAUGUUUCAAGGCACAUUUUAAAAUCCUUGUGGAUACAAUGCUCCUGUAACAUGCAGGUAUUAGUUAAGGCUUUACUUCUGAUAAAGCUGACCUUAUUUCAGGGUGGCAGGUAGCCUAGUGGUAGGGCAUUGGACUAGUAACCGAAAGGUUGCUAGAUCAAAUCCCCAAGCUGUCAAGGUAAAAAUCUGUUGUUCUGCCCCUGAACAAGGCAGUUGAACCCACUGUUCCUAGGCCAUCAUUGUAAAUAAGAAUUUGCUAAGCUGACUUGCUGUGUUAAAUAAAGGUAUAAAUGUAUUCAUAUGUUCAUUUCAUAGUAUGUACUGUUUGCUACACAUUUCCUUUCUUGAUCAAGAUUAAUCAAUAAUUGUUGUGAAAUGAAAUAACUUAUUAUGAUUUUAUAAAGUGGGGUCAAUUCCUAACUCAAAAUGUUGCCUAAUUCUUUAACGCAUGAGUUUUGUGCAAGAGUCAACGUAGGAUUUGACCCUUGGGCUACAGCUGCUACAGACAUAGGACGUUUUAUUUUUGUGUCCCUCAAAAACUCAAGUAAAUUAUUUUCAGACAAGUUGCAUACACAUCUCUGUUGUCCAUCACCUGUCAAUGGAUUACUCCCAUACAAACCCAUUGGCUCAAUUAGCAAUUUUCUAACACAAAAUCUUUGUGUGGCCGUAGCCCUAGGGAAAGGUAUUAAACUCCCUUUACUGUAUGUUAUUCUGCCUGGAAGCAGAAUGUAAUUUUGUAAUUUGGGUGAAUUAUCCCUUUAAAUAUGUUACCAAGUAAACACUUUAUAUUGACCUUUCUGUGAAUAAAGUAUUUAAUUUCUGUAAAUAACA